AUGUCGUUGACGACACCUUCAACGCGAAGGGCGAAAACGUCACGGACGGACAGGCCUCCAUCGGCUACGCCCUGGCCGAGGCUUUGGGCCUCCUGCACAAAGCGCUCGUUGACCAGCAGCCGGAGACGGGGAGGGUCUGCUAUCCCGUGUGCCAGUUCCGCUGCCUCCUCGCGGAAACUGGCACCGGGAUGUGCGUCCUCGGAAAGGGCCUUUUGA